CCGCCAAACAACCUCGGCCUUGUAACCACAACCCACCACCCUACCGCCUCCCAACAACCCGCCCAAUUGAGCUGCCUCUUGCCAAUUCUCUCUGCCGGCAACUCAACUCAUCAUGUCGAAGGAAUCCUCCGACAAAAAGGGGCCCAGUCCCCUGCGCUCCAUCAUUGCUGGCUCAACGGCCGGCGCGAUUGAAAUCGCUAUUACCUACCCUGCUGAAUUCGCCAAGACAAGAACACAGCUUAACCGCAGACUCGCCGAGGGCCAGAAGCUGCCCUGGCCGCCAUUUGGCAAGCAGUGGUAUGCUGGCUGCACGACGCUGAUUAUCGGCAACUCAGCCAAGGCCGGAAUUCGAUUCGUCGCCUUCGACCAAUACAAGAAGCUCCUCGCCGACGAGAAUGGCAAGCUCUCCGGCCCGAGAACCGUCCUUGCUGGCUUUGGUGCCGGUGUGACGGAAUCGCUGCUCGCCGUGACGCCCACCGAAAGCAUCAAGACCACUCUGAUUGACGACCGCAAGUCUGCCAAACCCCGCAUGCGCGGCUUCCUGCACGCCGUGCCCAUCAUUGCCCGCGAGCGUGGCAUCCGCGGCUUCUUCCAGGGCUUUGUGCCCACGACACUGCGCCAGUCGGCAAACAGCGCCACGCGCUUCACAGCAUACACCUUCUUCAAGCAAAUGGCCGAGUCGUACACGGCGCCGGGCGAGAAGCUCGGCACCAUUGGCACUUUUGGAAUUGGUGGUCUGGCCGGCCUGGUCACUGUGACCGUCACGCAGCCGCUCGAUACCAUUAAGACGCGCAUGCAGAGUAUCGAGGCCAAGCAGCUCUACGGCAACACGUGGCGCUGCGCAACCAUGAUUUUCAAACAGGAGGGUAUACUUACCUUCUGGAGUGGUGCCCUGCCUCGCUUGGCUCGACUCGUGCUGAGCGGCGGCAUUGUGUUCACCAUGUACGAGAAGAGCAUGGAGCUCAUGGACCAGAUGGACCCCGAGCGAAAGUACCUGUAAAUUGGCAGUCAGACCGCCCUAGAGGACGGGUACUUUGAACCGCGAGGUUUACAAAAAAACGAGCAAUGGUGAUUGUACGUUUGUGUUUUCUGUUAUAUACACAUUUCGAUUAGGCGCUUGGGUUUGAUUACGGGUACACAUAUAGAACCAAAUAUCCUUUUGAUUGAAAGACUGUUGUGUGACGUGAAUAAUGCUCCUAAUAAUACAAAUCUAUAAUUUUACAUGCGCCAGCCAUGCCAUGCGGGUAUCGUACAAAUAUAUAUCUCGUCGCGCUCGCUGCCCCCUUUUGGUUGUGUUGUGUUGGGUUGCCCGCGACGUCGUUAUUGCAGGCGAAUCAUACCAGACAGGCGCUUGCCCAGACGGCCGAGCCAGCUGCGGUUUGGCGCCUCUUCAAUCUCUCGUACUAGGUCGUCGAAAUAUGUCGGCUGGCUUUUCGGUUCGAGCAUCGGGCCCUUGAGCUUGUA